GUUCUGCAAUACCGUAUUCAGCGUUGACUUGGCCGCAUGAAAUCACAUCAGUUGAAUUACAAAGUGAAUAGUUCAGAGGAGCAAUGAGUAUAAAAUAUGGGAGAAUCGUAAUUUUUGUUCUAUUAACUUUUGGGAUUUAUAUAGUAAAGAAACAUGAAGAAAAGGAAAAUCUAAAACGACGCAUGGACGAAUACCAAAACCAGUUAUAUCAAAGUCAACUUAUCGGGUGCUUUGAGGAAGUCACUCAUGCAUUCGAAACUGUUCUUGAACUGGAAACACGUGACUUAAUGACAAGUAUGCCUGUUUGUUACAAAAGGAACUUCACUCAUCUAAUUGUUAAAAGAGAAAACCAAUGUAUUUGCUGUAACGAUAUGAUUUGGAAUAAAAAGUUUCAACAAAUCAGUUGCGGUAAUAAAUCUCACCAGAGACUUUACAUCAUACCGACAAGUACAAAUUUCACAGGUCACCCCAAACCAAGUUUUUUCCUGAGGCAAGACAGUUUCAAGGUCACCGGGUUAUUUUGGGAAUCGACAAAUCUGAACGAUUUUGACUGUUUUAUUGAAUGUGGAAAACGAAAUUUUUUUUGGGCUGCUGUCACUGAUGGAACACAAUGCAUUUGUCAUAAUAAUAGACAAAGCAAUAACGUUAUUGAUUAUGGAUCGGAUGCUCUGAAGACACAAUUUCAAAAGACCGUUACACAAACUACACCUGGGUAUAGUACGAUUUACAGAACACUACACAUCAACGAAGAAUGCUAUUUUGAAAAAACUUAUGCUUCAAAUAAACAUGUUCCAUACGUUGGAAUAUUAAGCUUUCCUGGUUCUGGUAAUACUUGGUUUCGGCAUCUUCUUGAGAUGGCAACUGGGAUAUAUACUGGAAGCGUAUAUGAUGAAGCGGAAUUGUUUUCAUAUGGAUUUUACGGAGAAAUUUUAGAAAUGACAAGUAACGACAUCCUCGGUGUGAAAGAUCACGUGAUUCACAAAAGGAAUAAAAAGAUGUACAACAAGCAGAUUUUGAUCAUUAGAAAUCCAUACGAUGCGUUUAUGGCAGAAUUCAACAGAAAAGCAUCUGGGCAUGUUGGACACAGAAAUAGCAGCGACUUUCAAACGUCAGAAUGGACAAAGUUUGUGAUGGUUAAAGCAGAUCAAUGGAAAAACAUGCAUUUGCACAUACUAAAGACAAAUAAGCCAACUUUUAUUUUAACAUACGAGGACCUUAUUCAAAGCAAGAAAAAAUCAAUGGAAUUAAUUCUGUCUUUUCUAGGUUCGGACAUCGCUAAAGAGACAAAGCGAUUAUUGUGCAUUGAAAAUGACCGGGGAGGAUUUUUUCGUCGGUACAAAAAAUUGUCGUAUACAUACUUCACGAAUGUUAUGAUCUGGCACAUUAACGCCUGUAUAAUUGAAGUAAAAAUAGCACUGCUUAUCAAAGGAUAUCAUACUUUACCGCCAUAUGAAAGACCAUUGUCAGAUACCCACGGUGGAUAUUCAAUGAAUACUUCACCAAAAGUAAAGAAAUUGAUGAUAGUAAGGCCAUUUCUAUGAUUAAGAAGCUAUAACAAAUGUAAGCUACAUUUCAUGAUCUCGAAUCUAGUUUAAAUCGCAUCGCUUUGAUCAGAUAAAGAAGCCGUGGUACGAUAUCUCAUUCGUUACGUAUACAUUGCAAAACUUCAGGUAUUACAUUUUUAUUUAUAAAAUUAGACAUCAUUAUUUGCAAUUGUAAUUAUCAGUAUGACUAAUUUACAAAUAUUAGUGUAAAAUUUAAACAGUUUAGAAAUUGCACUUGAUUUAUAUUUAUUUUCAGUUAAACUAAAAAUAUCUACGCUA